AUGCACAACUUGCCUCAUAGUGUGGUUAGUGCUCUGUUUGAACAAUUCAAAUUCAUGCUGAGCCACAUCAUCAAGUCAUUUGCAAGACAGGUGUCAGGUCGACUGUCAACACUACCGCUAUCAGAAGAUGUCCAUUCAAUCUUAGACUGUGACUUUCUCAUUGAUAUUUUUGAUGGGAUUGAAACACAGCACCAACGACAAAAGUAUGCCAAGAAUAAUCUGCCGUACGUGCCACCUCAGGAACAUGAGAUCCCCGGAAGCAGUGAAACAUUUCAAUAUGUACCGCUGGCCCCUUUGCUCGAAAGGCUCUGUGAACUCCCAGAAGUUGAGGCCAACUUGCGUGGACAUCCUCAGAUAUCAGGUGACAGUGAGGGCACCCUGAGAACCUUCAUGGAUGGUUCCCUCUUCAAGGAACAAUUCCAAGCAGUCAUCCCUGACGGAAGCCAAUGUACAAUUUUUCUACUCCUAUACUCUGACGAGGUGGAAAUUGUGAAUCCGUUGGGAGCAAAACGUGGGAAGCACAAACUGCUGUGUGUCUACGUCACACUUUUGAAUAUUCAUACAAAGUACCGUUCAAAAGUGCGGUCAAUGCACCUCUUGGUCCUCGCUAAGUACACCUGUGUGCAGAAGUACGGACUGUCAGAAAUACUAAAACCUCUCAUGAAAGACUUGGUGGAGCUGGAAUCAAAAGGCAUCUCUGUAGUGAUACGAGAUGCCAUGCAGCAAGUGCAAGUUCGUGCUUUUGCCUUUUGCGGUGACAACCUUUCCUUGAACAGACUUGGUGGCUUCACAUGUUGUUUCAGCAAGGGAAAAGUUUGUCGGUUUUGCCUUGCCUACAAGAACAACCUUGCAGUGCUUACAAGUGAAGAGGACUGCAAAGUGCGUACCGCAGCAAUGCAUCAAGAACAUCUGGCUGCUAUUGCUAUCAACAGUGUUCCUUGUAAGCGCAUGUAUGGGGUCAACUGCUCAUCACCUUUGCUGGAGCUUAGCUAUUUUGAUGUGACUUCUCAGCUUCCUCCGGACGCUAUGCACGAAGGGAUGUGGCUAUGGAAGGUGGCUUCGAGCACGUUCUCAGACAAGUUCUCCGAAGCCUUCUAA